GUCACGCAGUCUCUCUCUCCCUCCUCGGGGAGGAACUGCCGCGCUCCGGCUGACUCCUCCGCCGGCAGGCGGGCGGGGCGGGGAAGGGGGCUCCGGGAGCGGUGGGAACCGCGAGACCCAGACCUGGACGCCGACCGCCGCGGGGGGCGCGCGGCCCUGCCUCCGCGGGCUCCCGUGAACCUCCAGACAAAACCCCAAUUCAGAAACAGGCUGCGAGCAGCAGGGGAGGAGGUUUGGCCCCCACCAGGGACCCCCGCCGCCCCCGGGACGGCCGGCCGUGGGAGCGAUGAGCCAGGUGCUGGGGAAGCCGCAGCCGGAGGAAGAGGACGACGACGAGGAGGAUGAACUGGUGGGGCUAGCGGACUACGGGGACGGGCCCGACUCCUCGGACGCCGACCCGGACAGCGGGGCGGAGGAGGGAGUUCUGGACUUCAGCGAUCCCUUCAGCACUGAGGUGAAGCCCAGAAUCCUGCUCAUGGGCCUGAGGAGAAGUGGCAAGUCAUCUAUUCAGAAAGUUGUUUUUCACAAAAUGUCUCCCAACGAAACGCUGUUCUUGGAGAGCACAAACAAGAUCUGCCGGGAGGACGUUUCCAAUAGCUCCUUUGUUAAUUUUCAGAUUUGGGACUUCCCAGGACAGAUUGACUUUUUUGACCCUACCUUUGACUAUGAGAUGAUCUUCCGGGGAACAGGAGCGCUGAUAUUUGUCAUCGACUCCCAGGACGAUUACAUGGAGGCUUUGGCCAGGCUCCACCUCACCGUGACCAGGGCCUACAAAGUGAACACUGACAUCAACUUCGAGGUGUUUAUUCAUAAAGUCGAUGGUCUGUCAGAUGACCACAAGAUUGAGACCCAAAGAGAUAUUCAUCAGAGGGCAAACGAUGACCUUGCUGAUGCUGGAUUAGAAAAAAUUCACCUCAGCUUCUAUUUGACGAGCAUAUAUGAUCAUUCAAUAUUUGAAGCUUUUAGCAAAGUGGUUCAGAAACUGAUUCCACAACUCCCCACCCUGGAGAAUUUGCUAAACAUCUUUAUCUCGAAUUCUGGAAUUGAAAAGGCAUUUCUCUUUGACGUGGUCAGUAAAAUUUACAUUGCAACUGAUAGUACCCCAGUGGAUAUGCAAACCUAUGAGCUUUGCUGUGAUAUGAUCGAUGUUGUUAUCGACAUCUCUUGUAUUUAUGGUCUCAAAGAAGAUGGAGCAGGAACCCCCUAUGACAAAGAAUCAACGGCCAUCAUAAAGCUGAACAAUACAACAGUUCUUUAUUUAAAAGAGGUGACAAAGUUCCUGGCUCUUGUCUGCUUUGUCAGAGAGGAAAGCUUUGAAAGAAAAGGGCUUAUUGACUAUAAUUUUCAUUGCUUCCGGAAAGCUAUCCAUGAGGUUUUUGAGGUGAGGAUGAAAAUGGUGAAAUCACGAAAGGUUCAGAAUCGGCUGCAGAAGAAAAAAGGAGCCACCCCCAAUGGGACCCCUAACGUGCUGCUGUAGUGAGGCUUCGGGAGUAUCUCUGCGAGUCAGACCUUGCAGUGAGGCUCCUUUGCUGUGUUGCACUAAAGGAAGAGGAAAAAGGAGAUUGGGACACAUGACGUAUUUGUUGUUAAAAAAAAAAAAAAUCCCCUCAACCCUCUUGAUCUUCUCUUUUUUAAAUAAAGUGAGCACUUUGAAGCCGAAACUUGUAUUUUAACAAUGAAGUAAAAUCUACUGUAAUUUCGUUACACAAAUGUAAACUUUUAUGGUCUGUAGUCAGAAACUCCUGUGUGAGGACUGCCAGGAACUGUAUAUAUUUUGCUCUUUUUCAUGUUUUUUUUCUUUGAACUUUGAUAAAACGACUUUUCUAAGCUUUUUUCUGUACUUGGUGUCAAGGACAUGCAUACUAUAGUGUUGUUCAGAUCUCUAUGGCUUUCAGAAAUCAAAAAGCAAUGAACUGGCAAUGAUUUUUUUUUUUUAAAUAAAUUUGGGAAUCUUUGCUACUAAUUGUUGAGAAAAACCAUUUUUCAGUGGAGCUGGAACAGAUUGGGGCAGCAAGCUCCAGGAGCAAUAAGAACUGUCUCCUGUUUAUAACUGGUGUAAACGGGAGUUUUGUAGAAUAAUAUUAGCACCAAAUUUACCUAAAAAUGUCACUAGCUGUGCCCGGACUUCCCUACUCAACAGUUUUUACAAAGCUCUUUACCUCAACACACAUCUCUAUAAUCAUUUUAUACAGAGAGGUUGGUCCUUCUUGCUGCAUUACUGUUCUUUAGAAACUUUGGGACCAGAUUUCCAAAAUGGUGCCAAUCACUGGAGAAAAAGGAAUGUUGCUGAAUUUCAGGGUUUCUGGAGGCUUUUCUGUACCUGCCACUGGGGCUGAAGUUACAUCAGAGGUCACAUGGUUUCCCAAAUGUAGGUGAUGGGUAUUCAGAGAUUUAAAAAUGGAUCUACAGUUUGUAUGUUUGGCCCCUGUGAAGUGGGCCUAUUGUGCAACAUUUAAAAUGUUUAUUGAGGAUCAUGACCACAGGGAAUGUCUCAGAUCUCUACACAGAGCAUAGCCCUGGUAAGCUCGUUUGUCACCCAUUAGUCUCCUGCUCAACCAUGACAGUGUGCCUUGUGGACUUUGCCCAUUCCCACCUUAGGGUUGAACUAGAACUCAGCCAGCCAGCAGCACACUCUGCACAGCUGAAAAGCUAUCCUGCAAACAUCUAACUAUCAGUGGGACGAGGACGGCCAGAGGAGACAUCACAGUUAGCUGUGUGUUCGUUUCUGUGAAAUUCUCCCACUUAUGUUUACUUUACACUUUCAGGAUGUUAAGGGACUCCUAAAUCUCCCCUCACCCCAAACCAUUCCUAGUAGAUAAUUCUCUGUCCAUUAGGUAAUUCUAUAUCUGUCCCAAGGGUCAGUGCCCUAAACCCUGCUUGUGAGUAUUGGAGAAUAAUGUUAUAUACUUAUUUAUUUUUAAGCAAAGACUCAUAAGGAAGUCAAAGCUGGUCCUAGCAAAAUGUACCAAGUUCCUAAAGCAACUUGCCCUUGAAACUAUCCCAUCUCUAUCUGCGGCCUCCUUCCAUCCUCCCUCCUUCCCUCCCCAAGUCCUAUUCCUUUGAGGCUGCUAACUGCCAUGCAAGAUGGUAGCUGAUUGAAGUGUAAGGUUUGAGUCCUCCCAAGGGUCUGUGCAUUUUGGAAGGAAAUUUCUAAAAAUCAUUAAGGCGCCCAACUCCUUCAUGAUUCCUGCUCAGAAACCUGGGUGGGUAGGAACCCAGGGUUCCAAAGGAAACUUUUCCUUAAUUUCUAGACCUAUAUCCUGUUGGAUCUUUGGAUCUUUGCCAACAGGCUUGUUACAUAUGGGUUCUUCUUACAAACUUAAUGUUCUAAUAUUUUUUACACAAUGUUUCUUUUUGAUUAAGCAAAUAAGGAAUCACUUUUCUAAUGUGACUUUAUCCUCAAGGUAGAGACACUUGCCUACCUGGUAAAUGACACAUUGCUUAGGUAUAUAUUACUGUAACCAGGAGGAACUUCCAUUUUUAAGCUGGAUAUAUGAUGAGUUUUUGUUAAAAUGUGCCUUAAAAGUCUAUAACUUCAGGAGCAAAUGAUUCUUUGGGGGAAAAGCAAAAACAAUCGUAUGGCAUAGGACCUAAGUUCAUGGUAGUAAGUGCACUCUUUGGUUGAUCACACACUAAUACAUAGAUUCCUGCCUCAAACCUGUAAGAAUGGCAAUGACCUCUUAGUUAAAGACAGAUGUAGGAGUUAUGUCUAAGUGUUCAGCUUUUUAAGUCUGUGCUAUUGGAAUUACAAAAUCUAUUCCUUCUGCAUUUUAUUUUUGAUAUGGAACAUAGCUUACUGCGAUGUGUAUGGCCAUGUUUAGGUUUCAGAUCUAAUGCUAUAAAUACAAAGUCCAAACACAUGGCUACAGUGACUUCUCUGGAACAUGUUUGCUCAUUUUCAAAGGUUGAGAACUUGGCCUACAGGUUUCUAAGGCAAUCAGAACUUCUAUGUGGAGGUGAGACUGUGAAUUACCCUCUUGGGUUAUUUUUAGUGAUAUAAAUGAGUGUGUAUGACCAGGGUAGAGUGUUUUUGAAAGAGUAUGAAUUAAAAAAAAAACUGGUUGGCAUUCAUGGACAGUGUUCUUUUGUGAGCAUAAUAUAUUUUGGGCCCUUAAAUAUAAAAUGACUAGAAACACAGCAAUAUUGUUACUAUACGGGUUAUUUGCUAACUCUUGUUUGAGACAUACUCCAGAAAAAUGGCUGAACUGUCUUGAUUAUUAAAGUAUGGUAUGCAUUUAACUUC